UACUAGUUUUAACAGGACGGUUAUCGACUAUAAACGAAAAUGACGUAAUAUUAGUGUUGGAUAUGGUACUGAACUCCUUGUUUGAUGUAAUCAACGUUUUAUUUUAAUCUCGUCUCCACUUAGUCAAGUAUUUUUUGUUAUUCAUCUGGUAUAUUGUAUAACACGUGAUAUAGUCGUACACAUUACUAUAACUUUCAGAGUAUGGCCAAGUCAUGUGAAAAGAAGGAUGAAGCUCAUGAUUUAAAGGAAGAAGCACAAGCUCCGGAUGGCGGAUGGGGAUGGAUUGUUCUCGUAGGUGCAGUGUUACUGAACCUUUUGAUCGGCGGUGCUGUGACCACGUUUGGUGUAUUGUACGUUGAAUUGUUGGACUUGUUCCAUCAGAAUGCAAGUAAAACAGCUUGGGUUGGUUCAGUGGCUAACGCAAUGGGUUUACUUUUUAGUCCUGUUGCCAGUGCGAUGAGCACAAGGUUUUCCUGUCGCUCAAUGGCUUUAGUCGGUGGUGUGAUUACGUCCAUUGGUUGGAUGACAACAGGAUUUAUGCCUAGAAUAGAGUAUAUGUUUAUAACUUACGGCCUUGUAGCAGGUAUUGGAAAGUCAAUGGCAAACAUUCCAAGCAUUAUAAUGGUAGGGAGAUGGUUUGAUAAAAGAAGAUCGCUAGCUAACGGUCUUGCCACGGCUGGGGCAGGAGUAGGAACGUUUAUCUUUGCACCACUUUUAGAAUUUCUCUUGAGGAGAUACGGGUUUCAAGGAACAAUGCUUAUUAUGAGCAGUGUUAUGCUUAACAUUUGUGUUUGUGGUUCCUUAUUCCGUCCUGUCCCCCAAAAUACUAAACUCAAAGGAUCAAGUUUGACAGGGAUCGAAAAUAGAGUAUUUACAAUAGACGAAUCGACUGAUUGCUCUAUGGCUGCUAAAGGCAGUAUUUCACAUAAGGCAGUAGAUGGAAUAUCUAAUAAAGUUACAAUAAAUAACUCUGACAAUGAUAAAAAGUAUCGACAAUCAAAUAGUGAUAAAAACAAAACUUUGAAAAGCUAUUUCGAUUACACAUUACUAACGAAUCGACGUUUUAUUUGUUUCUGUAUAUCUGUCAUGCUAGCCACCCUAGGUCACUCACCUGCAUCUUUUAUGUUACCUGCCUUGGCAAUGCAAUACAAUAUUAGAUCAAAGGAAGCAGCCUUUUUAUUGUCCAUCACAGGGAUAGCAGAUAUAGUCGGACGUAUAACGUUCGGUGUAUUAUGUGACGUCAAGAUUUUUAAGAAGAACCGACAGACCUUAUAUGUGUUCGCUAUUUUCAUUAGUGGUGUUGCUAACAUGUGCUGUGGAUUUGCUACCGAAUAUUGGCACUUUGUGAUUUAUUCGUGUAUUUUUGGAUUAUUUGCCGGUUCCUACAACGUUUUGACACCAGUUAUGUUGGUGGACCUUCUUGGAGUAGGGAAACUGGCGAGUUCAUGUGGUUUAGCUCUGUUGUUUCAAGGUCUUGGAUUCCUCGUUGGUCCCCCUAUUGCAGGAUUUGUGACGGACAUGGUUGGCGACUAUCAAUCCGGAUUUUACUUUGCAGGAGUUGCUAUGGUUAUAAGUGCUAUUGUCGUUAAUCUGUCGACGUUUUGUACUCUCUUUACUACUCAGAAGAAAGACAAUUACGAAAUAGACAGACACGAAAAGGGAGUAAAUGACUUACAUUGUGUUGAACACAUAAAAACUGAAACGAAGAGGUCAUCAGGUAUAACAAUGAUGAAGUUAAAUGUAAGAAGUAUUUGACAUGAUACAAUUUAUACUAAUGUUAUUAUUCCAAUUUCGUAUUAAUGAUAAGAGGAACUUUAUUCAUGCACUGGGAGUCUGUAUAUUGCAGGAAAUAUAAAGUACGUGUGCAAUACUGUUAUGUUUUCUCUUCAAUA